GUAUUUUUUUUUUCGCCCCCCGAGGACCCUCAGGAAGCAGGCUAAUCAGGCCAUGAACCAGAGGUGAUGGUCAUAUAGUGGAGUGCAUUCUGAUCAAUAUUACCCUACGUUGCCUGAACUCACAUUCAUUCCACUGACAGCUCAUCAUGACAGAGCAGCCGGCACCCGGUCUCUGCUCACCGGAUCCAGAAUCAGUUCUUGUGUUCAGCUUGACGUUGGCGCUGUGAAUGCAGGGGAGGUGGGAGCUGUGGCUAUUUAAAGAGGGACAUCCAGUCCCGGAUAAAUAGCAGAAGGUCCACGUCGUUGACUAACAGCCUCCAAAUGUUUUUUUUCAUCCCGCACUGUGUAUCCGUCUGUGGCUGAGGCGGCUUCACUCCGGUGACAACCCACCCGUCGAGCAUCAGUCCAGUCCACCAGCUCCUCUCAUUGAUCUAGUCUCCUUCUUUCUUUCUUUUUUAUUCUUUAUCAUUAGAGGAGACGUGAAAAAUGGGCAAAGAUUAUUAUAAGACGUUGGGUAUCUCUAAAGGAGCCACGGACGAGGAUAUUAAGAAAGCUUACAGAAAACAAGCGUUGAAAUGGCACCCCGACAAGAACAAGUCUGCAGCCGCCGAGGACAAAUUUAAGGAAAUCGCUGAGGCAUAUGAAGUCCUCAGUGAUCCGAAGAAAAGAGAAGUUUAUGAUCAGUAUGGAGAAGAAGGUCUCAAGGGAGGAAGUGUUCCCUCUGGUGACGGGCCAGGCAACACCUACACCUUCCAUGGGGACCCUCACGCCACCUUCGCCACUUUCUUCGGGGGUUCGAACCCCUUCGACAUGUUCUUCGGGCGUAAAGCCAACGGCCGAGACGACGACGACAUGGAGGUGGACGGAAACGACCCCUUCGGCUCCUUCACCAACUUCAACAUGAACGGGUUCCCUCGGGACGGGCACGUCGGCCCCGGAGGGCCGCAGCGCCGGAAGCAGGACCCGGCCAUCAUCCACGAACUGAGGGUCUCCCUGGAGGAGGUCUUCCACGGCUGCACCAAGAGGUUGAAAAUCUCCCGCAAAAGGCUAAAUCCGGAUGGCAGGACCAUGCGCAAUGAGGAUAAGAUACUCACUAUCGAGAUCAAGCGGGGCUGGAAAGAGGGAACCAAGAUCACGUUCCCGCGGGAGGGAGACGAGUCCACCAAUACCAUUCCUGCGGACAUUGUUUUCGUCAUCAAGGACAAGCCUCACCCUCACUUUAGGCGGGAGGGCUCGAACAUUGUGUAUCCUGUGCGCGUGAGCUUACGACAGUCGUUGUGCGGAUGCUCGGUCACCGUGUCAACGAUAGACGGGCAGACGUGCAACAUGAAGAUCACGGAUGUCGUCAAGCCUGGCAUGAGAAAGACUGUCGCAGGACAGGGCCUCCCCUUACCCAAGAACCCCGAGCAGAGAGGAGACCUGGUGGUGGAGUUUGACGUUAACUUUCCUGAGGCGUUGCCCGGCAAUGCCAAGGACGUCCUGAAACGGCAUUUACCUGCUUAGGACGAAGGACACGAGGACACUGAACGAGGGGAGAUAACCACAUGAUCGCGCCCGCCCUCGUUACCUAACACACUCACACAAACACACUCACACACGCGGACGGCUCUGACACUUCACAGAUGGACCCCUACGACGAAUGUGCAAUUUCUAUUUUUGAGCUAUGUGGUGUUUUUUAUAAAUACCGUGCAUGCUGCCAAGUAGAUAUAUACGUGCAAGACUGUCUGGGUUGUGGAUAUCUGAAAGAAACACAUUUCAUGUCUGUGGGUCUUUGCCACAAUCACUUUAUCUUUUUGUUUGUUGGAAAUAUUUGGUAGUGAGUGAGUCUACAGUUGCCAAAAAAAAGUGUUUAAAAAAAUUUAGUGUUUAUUUUAUCAUGUAGAGAGACAAGCCUCGAUUUGCAGGCUGUCUUAAAAACCUUUGUAGAGUUUGUUCAAGAGGAACGUGGUUGAAUGAACUGGAUCGUCAUGCGUGCAUUUUAGAAACGUACAUGUGAAGAUAUUGAACUUGAAUUUUAAAAUAAAUAUUUCCACACGAA